CCCACUUGACAUAAAUAAUAAUCAAAUACGAGCAAUUACAAAUACUGAUGCAAAAUACAAAUAAUGAAAUAUGUAAAAAAUGCCUUCACUUCUCACUCACUCUCUCUCUCUCUCGUUUAUAUAGAAGAAUUAUUAAAAAUUAAAUAAUUAAACCAUCGAUUCUCUGUCUCCCUCUUUCAUCUUCUUCUUCUUCUUUUGGCUGCAGAGCUCCGGGCAGGAAGAGAAAGAAAGGUUUUAGGGUGCACUUGCGGCGCACGGUGCCUUGUACUGUUUCUUAUCCUACGCCUCUCCGUCUUGUCUCUUAUCCUGCGCCUCUCCACUUUUUUUCCGGUGUCUCAUGGACGCUUCUUCUCCAAGCAACAAAACUCUAUCGUUUUCGCAUUGAAACAAUCAGUCGCGUUUGCGUUUCGGAUCGAUUCUUGAAAAUGCUCUGGAUCACGAGAUUCUCCGCAUUUUUCUCCGCCGCGAUGGCAGUGAUCGUCUUAUCUCCGUCGCUCCAGUCGUUCCCUCCCGCGGCGGCGAUCCGGUCGUCACAUCCGGAUCGGACUGUAAUCUCAUCGUUCAGAAAAUCCCCGGCCUUCCGCAACGCCGCGGAGGACGACGAGUGUGUCCCCUCCGCCGCGGAUUCGAACGUCUGCAGCCCCUCGCUAGUCCACGUGGCGAUCACGCUGGACGUGGUGUACCUACGUGGCUCAAUCGCGGCCGUGAAUUCCAUCCUGCAGCACUCAAUGUGCCCCGAGAACGUCUUCUUCCACUUCAUCCUCUCCUCCGACACGAACCUGGAGACACUCGUGAGAUCGACUUUUCAACAACUCAAAUUCAAAGUUUACUAUUUUGCCCCUGAGACCGUCCGUGGCUUCAUCUCUUCCUCCGUCAGACAGGCCCUCGAGCAGCCGUUGAAUUACGCUAGAAACUACCUCGCGGAGCUUCUCGAAGGUUGUGUCAACCGGGUCAUAUACUUGGACUCGGAUCUCAUCGUUGUCGACGACAUCGCCAAGCUCUGGAAAACGGGUCUGGGUCCGAGGGUGAUCGGGGCUCCGGAGUAUUGCCACGCGAAUUUCACUAAAUACUUCACCGGAGGGUUCUGGUCGGAGGAGAGAUUCUCCGGGACGUUCAGAGGGAGGAGGCCUUGUUACUUCAACACGGGAGUGAUGGUGAUUGAUCUGAAGAGGUGGAGACGAGGUGGGUACACGAGACGUAUCGAGAAGUGGAUGGAGAUUCAGAGAACCGAGAGGAUCUACGACCUCGGCUCACUCCCACCGUUUCUCCUUGUUUUCGCCGGUCAUGUGGCUCCCAUUCCCCAUAGGUGGAACCAGCAUGGGCUUGGUGGGGACAAUGUUAGAGGUAGUUGUCGUGAUUUGCAUCCUGGUCCCGUGAGUUUGCUUCAUUGGUCUGGUAGUGGCAAGCCCUGGUUAAGACUUGACUCCAAACGCCCUUGUCCCUUAGAUGCUCUCUGGACGCCUUACGACUUGUAUCGACACUCGCAUUGAUGAUGAUGGCUCCCUACACAGAAUGAUUGGAGAAUAGAGGAAGGUUUCGUCGGAUAUUGACCGGUUCGGUUUGGAAGAAAAUCAGAGGUAGCUUUUGUUUGUAGAAGGUAAGAACCCUUAACCGGGUAAAUGGGUUUGGUUAAAGGAGGUUUUCCUAAAUCGGAGACAAUUGAGAUGUGGGGUUGGAUCAUUUUUUGUUGGGGAGAAAAAAAAAGAGUUAGGUUAUUCAUGUGGAUGAGACUUUGUUGUUCUUAUCAUUAAUUUGUUUUCCUUCUAUAAAUUUUGGUAUUUGGUGUAGAUACUUGUAUUAGUGUCCCCUCAUUAAAAAAGUAUGUACCCCAAGUAGAUAGAUGUUGAUUUGGUAAAUGGCCUAUGUUCCUCUUGAGCCUCAGUUACAACAUGCCAUGUUCGGAUGUUCCUAACUUCCUAUUAAUGUCAGUCCAAACAAGUAAAUAAUGUAUCAUCAUCAUAAAAGAAAAAUUUCGUGUGGGAUUUUUUUUUUGGUUUAUAAAUGUUCUA